AUUUUACCACUAAAUGCUCAUAUUUUAAUAAAUCUACCAUUAAAAUUCAACGAAUUAAUAUUUUAACAUCCAUAGACAUAUAAAAUCAAGCCACUCUUCCGUUAUGGUUGUCUAUGGACGUGAUAACUAAACAUAACCAACAAACAUUGAAAACGUUUAAAAACAAAGCCUAACAUUAAUGUAGUUCAUUAAUUAAUCAAACGGCAUGGCUGCGGUACUGAAGAAACGAGCUCUGGCUGAGUAUAGCCAAACAAUACAGGAGACCCAGAUCCCAACGAAAAAAUUGCGAUUAACAAAAAAGGUACAACAAGUUCCGAGCAGUACUUCAUUAGCUUUGAUCAGUUGUUUGGAAAGUUGCAAGACUAGCAAUGAAGUCUUGCAAACUUUGCUCAGGGUGUCCGAUACACUGGAGUUGGAUCAGGCUGAUGUGUGUGAGGCAGUGAAAAAGUUAACUGAUCAUUUCAAAAGUGAAGCCGAGUCUUCUGUUAGGGUCAAGAUUUUGAGUUUGUUGUCUGACAUAGGGCACGAAAGCAACACAGACAUACCUUUAAUAAUUGAUGAGACAAUUGCACUGCUUAAAAAUGAUCAUUCACAUAAAGUGAUAGCACAAGGUAUGAACACAGUGCUGAAGCUGGGUGGAUUACUGCCUGAAGCCAGCCCCAUACACCAGAAGCUGGUGGAAGUUGCCCAACAUUAUUUAACUGAUGUGAGUCACGCUGUUAAGGCUAAGUGUUUGGAGAUAAUUGGGGCUCACACUCCAUUGUGUACAGGAAGUGAUUGUGACCAGUUGUUGAAGUUGGUUAGCUCCUAUUUUAAUAAUGAUGAUGCCAGAGUUAGAAGCCAGGCAUUCUCCACCAUUAUUACCUUGUACAGUAGAAAGUUUAAAAUCAAUCCUGACAUUUACAUAGAUGUUUGUGAGGCCUUAAAGGAUGAUUAUGAAAUUGUCAGGCAGGUUGCCCUUAGGCUCAUUUGGCUUCUAGGGACAACAUACCCUGAAAAUGAGAUAUUUGUGCCAGGCAGUGAACAUGAAAUUAGAUUGGUAGAUGAUGCUUUUGGAAAGAUUUGUAAUGGUGUCACAGAUCUUUCCAUGCAUGUCAGAACUUUGGCAGCUAGUUUGUUGGGAUCUAUGACCAUGGUCAGUCCUAAGUUUUUAAAUCAAACACUGGACAAGAAAUUGAUGUCCAAUAUGAGGAGAAAGAGAACAGCUCAUGAGCUAGCUUGGGAAAAUGUUACCAGUGGUGAAUGGGCCAGUGGUAAAAAGUGGGCAGAUGAUGCACCAAGAGAAGUGUUAGAUGCUGACAAUAUAAAUUUAAUGAGCAGUGGAGCUUGUGGAGCUUUUGUACAUGGAUUAGAAGAUGAAUAUUUAGAGGUAAGAUCAGCUGCAGUGGAGUCCUUAUGUCAAUUGUCUAUGAAUAAUCCUCAUUUCGCCAAUUUGUCCCUUGAUUUUUUGGUUGACAUGUUUAAUGAUGAAAUCGAGGACGUUCGUCUCAAAGCAAUAGACAGUUUAAGACGCAUUUCUGAACACAUUAUCCUUAGAGAUGACCAACUUGAAACUAUACUGGGUGCCUUGGAGGAUUUCUCUCAAGAUGUCAGAGAAGGUUUGCACAGAAUGUUGGCGUCGUGCCAAAUGUCCACGAUGGCCGGUUUAAAACUGUGUACUGACAAACUGUUAGACAAUCUUAAAAAGUAUCCAAAUGACAAACGAUCAACUUACAGAUGUUUGCAGCGGAUAGGAGCCAAACAUCCAGAGCUUGUUUUACCUUUGGUACCGUUGAUGUUAAACGCCCAUCCGUUCUUUGAUUUGUCACAGCCAGACGUCGACAGCCCUCAAUAUAUAUGUCAGUUAAUAUUAAUAUUGAACGCCGCCAAAUAUUCAACAACUCUCAUACCAUUAUUGGAACCACACACAAUAAAACACUAUUUAUACCUGAGGGAUACGAUGCCUAACUUCGUGCCCGUUUUAAAUUUGUCAAACUCCAACUACAACUACAUACUGAGGCUGCCCAGCGUGCCCGAAAGCCUCAACUUUCUUCAUAACAUCAUAAAAAACUUGGACAUAGCCGAAAACACAGUCAGGGCACCGACGAUAAUGCUUCAAACGGCCAAAGAUCACCUGAACAGGCUGAGCGACAUGGACAGCACGGUUGCGGGAACGGCGCAGUUCACAUCCUUGUACAUUGGAGCUCAACUAUUGUUGUACCAGAUUUUGGAGAAGGGUUUCUGGAUGAACCCCGUAACGUUGGCCACGCAACAGGCCAACAAUCUCAAAACCAGCAUUCAGAACUUGUUGCAGCUGUGUCUGAAGCUGCAAUUCUUUUUCGUCGGUCUGAGUAGCGCCGAAGAAUGCGCCGUAAAACAGUUCAGAUUAAGAGCUUUGGCGCUGAAUUUGGUGUAUAUUGUUAAAGGAAGUAAUGCGUCAGCUUUGGCGCCCUGCCAUCACUUCCUGACGGUGGUGGAGGACAUGCAGAAUCAGCUGAGUCAAGGCGGAUUGGAUCCGGAUUCGUUUACCUCUUUGGUUUUCAGAGAGCUGUCGUCGUUGGAGGAACCCAAGCCGGGCACCGUUGCCCGGGUGCUCAUACCAAUUUUGUCCGAGGCUAAGCUCGGCAAAAUUCCAGCCCCCAACGUUAACAUAAGAAUGAGUAGUGCAAGUAUUUUGGAACCGAAUGGGCAGACCGAUACGUCAUUGAAGUUCACCGCCGGUCUCAUAAUGUCGGUGCCGCUGGAGGCGGAGCUUAACCACCUGUUGGACCCCUCAAGGAUACGAAUUAAAGUUAAGUAUCCGGACCAGAAAACCCAAAUCAUUCUGCCCAGGCCGUCGCAUCUGAAACCCUUGUACUACGAUGAAAAUAACGAAGAGGCAAAAAUCGGUCACAAUCUGCGGCUCCUGACGUCUGUAUUGAUAUCCCAUCAGGUUUGGUCGGAGGCGUGCAACGUGGAAAUUAGCAUAGCCGUUGCCAUUCCCGAAGCCGACAUAUUCAAGAAAAAGUCUAGCAUUGAUUCCACCCAGACGUUGCUCGAACUGUGCAAACCAAUCAAAGUGAGCGUGGCGCCGAAACCAAUAAAGAAAACACUGUAAAAUUGUUUAUAUAUAUAUUUAUUUUAUAACAUGAAUUAAUUAAUUAAUUAAUUAGCAAAUAAAUAUAAAAUUUA